AUGAAGCAAGAAACAUAUACCGUUGAAAGCGAUAUUCUUAUUGCUACUACUACAUCAACAACGACUAUCUCAACAGAUAAUGAUAGUAUUAAUAAUAUUGAUCCUCUUAUUGAACCAUUAAUUGAUGCAGAUGAAUUAAUAGCAACUAUUGACAAUAAUGAAACACUUCAUCGACUUGAACAAAAAUGUUCAUCAAUUCUUACACUUCAUUCACAUAAACAUCAUCGAACAAAAUCAUCUUCUGAAAUUAUUGGUCAAUGUACAGGCAUAAUUUAUGCUCUUAUUGGUUCAUGUUUUUUUACAUGUUCAGGCUUUAUUAUAAAACAAUUACGUGUCGAUUUCUUUGAUGCACUUCUUUGUCGAUUUUUCUUACAAACAUCAAUAUUAGCUGCAUUUAUUUUCUAUAGAAAAAAUAAAUUAAUCAAUGGUUCAAUUAAUUUAAUUGUUUUACAAAUAAUUCGUACUAUUUUAGCAGCAAGUGGUUUACUUUUAUUUUAUGCAAGUUAUCGUUAUAUUCCUCUACCAGAUUUAACAACAUGUCGUUAUACACAAGUUGUUUGGACAGCUAUAUUAGCAAUGAUUAUUUUUCGUGAACGUAUAUCAAUACCAACUAUUUUAGCGAUUAUAUUAACACUAAUCGGUGUUACAUUAGUUGCUCAACCAACAUUUUUAUUUAAUAAUCAUCAAUUAUUAUCAAAUACAACUAACAUAAUAACUAAUGAAUCAAAACAUUAUAAUUUCGAAUCGGAUCAAUCUUAUCGUUUACUUGGUCUUUGUCUUGCACUUGGAUGUGCCUUAUCAAUAUCAUUUAGUAUAGUACUUAAUAAAAAAUUACUUAUUUCAAAAAUUCCUCAAAGUAUAAUUAUGCUUGAAUUUUCGUUAUUAAAUUUAUUGUUACUUAUUCUUUAUCAUAUAUAUAAUCGUUUUAUUCUAUAUAAAUAUAUUAAUCAAACAAUGUUUACAUGGCAAUUUUUUCUUGCUGCAUCUGUUUCAUUAAUGCAAGUACUUUCAUCAACAUUAACACAACGAGCAAUUAAACUUGAACAUCCAUCAAUAAUAUCUGUUGUUCAAUCAUCAGAUAUACUUUUUGCAAUUAUAUUACAAAAUUUAUUUACAAAUGUAAAAUCAAAUUGGUUUGUUUUAAUUGGUUCGUUAUUAGUUACAACAAGUAUUUUUCUUGUUGGAGCUCAUAAAUUUUGGCAAGAUCGAAAGAAAUUAUUAGAAAAAAAUAAAAAUAUUAGGAAAUAA